CAUCGAUCGACGUCUCCUUUUGUGUCCCCUUCUGUCUCUUCCACCUCUCCUCUCCCUCUCCCAAUCCCUCCUUCUCAGCCAGUCUGCGUAGCAUCGUCGCAAGUUCGACAUCCUGGGUCUCUCCUGAGCUGGCCUCAGUCGCCGGAAACCCGCUCCGUCCCCUUCCCCCCUCACCUCACCUCACCUCGAGACACAUCACAAUUGAGCCCACGAAGCUCGAUUCUAGACCGACUUCAGCCCCGCUAGCUGUCUGGCCACACCCACAAAUGCUCACCUCCCUCCGCACCAAACUCAAGUCCCUCCGCAAAGACCCCGAGUCAACCAGCCAUGCCCGUCUGCUCCGUCAAGCCGCCAAGGCUGAACGCUCAGUGAUCCAGACUGCCGCCACUGACCUUGAGAAGUGGGAGCAGGGAAAGGGAUAUGUAAAGACGUCCUGCAGAACCUCGUCGUCCCCGGCUGUCUCGUUCCAGGGGACCGAGAAGGAGACGGGAUUGACGCUAGCGGAGAGCGAGAGGACACUGUACGAGAGAGGAGGUCAAGGAGAGGCUAUUUGCAGAGAUGGUCUCGAGACGGGCUCGCAGAGUGGUCUCUCUGUACAGCGGCAGAGCCUCGAUGCUGUGCCGCAGCUUCAACUACCCACAAUCACUCAAGACGGGAUGAGUCUCCUUGGACCUCCUGAAGAUGCUAGUCCGGCUGAGUCUCUUGGCCCUGAUGUAUCUGUUACCCAAGCCGCCGAGGGUCAGAAUGCCUCUACAUCUUCCCAAGACGUUAGAGCAGAUCAAGUUCGCCAUGCAGCUGCACUGAAGGUACUGGAAGAGAAGGAAGCUCUGCUACGAGAGAUUCAACAAAUUCGCAAGACGAUCAGUGACCUCCGGAGUGGGGCCGCUCCGGCCGCAAUCUCGAGCGAGAAGCCAGCAGACCCAGCACCGCCAACGCCGGAGAGCAGGCCUUGGUUGAGUGCUGCACGCACGGUUUCUGUAUACAGGCCUCGAAGAAAGAGCGUGGCGGACCUCUUUGCAGAGGACGCUCCCCAGCCUAUGCACUCGUACCAUGCGAGAGGUAUUGCUCCUUCCACUACGCCUCGCCUGGGUCUGUCACCCGAGCUUGAGGCGAUUGCUGCAUCGAGACCAUCUGAUCUCGCUAGACGUCGUUCGAAAUCCGUAGGGGCAUCGACGAUGUUGGACACUUAUGGAGGUCUUGCAGGCUCAGGAGCAACUUCUCGCCCUGAUGCAUAUCGCAAAUCCUCGACACCAGCAGCUCGACCCAAGACGCUUUAUGACCAGCCAUCGUCUUUCCAGUCUGGCGAAAACAACGAGCAGCGCGUGAUCGUGGUGAGCGAAGAGGAGAAGAAGCAGCGCUAUCGAGCUUCCCUCGGACGGACAGAUACCAGAAAAGCGUCUGGCGUCCGAGACAAAACUACAAGUAAUCGGAUGAGUCAAAUGACUCUAUCUGAACUUCAGGAGCGACACCUAACCAAAUUGCUGCAGUUACAGCGACCCACUACCACCAAGCUGGCUGAAGCUCAAGCACUGACCACUGCCAGGGAGCAGUGGCAGCAAAGGCAAGCAGCAGAGCGUCAAGCACAAGAGGUCAAGCUGCGCGAGCGACAAGCCCGUGAGGCACAGCUCGCUACGGAAGCCAAUGGCAAGAAGAGCCGGGGCCAAAGCGUCAGGUACUCCAUUCGAAGCAGGAGCAAAAGCGUUCUGGCUCCUGCUAUCCUGUCAGGGAACGCCAUCGAGAUCCAGGUCCCACACUCAGAGCAUGAAUCUGAGCGUCCAAGCACCUCGCUCUCCACCCAGCUGAAUGCGUACAAUCGUCCCCCUGAAAGAGGCGAGGCAAUUAAUCGAGCUGACGUAUGGAGACAGGGUGUCCCAUCGCUCAGCAAGGCUCACACGUUCGAGAAGGAGAACUCCUCAAGCCAAGCAGUGAGGCAGCCCCCACCAUUCCGAGCGCAAUCUUCUCUCGGUCUCGCCCCUCCUCACAUGGCCAACCCAGAGCAAGCUGUGCGAGCUCGCUCCCGCAGGUCACAUUCCUCUGCUGGACUCCUCACCAUGUCGCAAGAAACCUCACAGCCAGUGCCAGUCGCAAGUGGCGGCGAACAACCAGGCCGGCAACGUCGUGAGCUUACUGCUACUGACAUCCGACGUAUAAGGGAAGGAGCAGGACGGAGGAGGUCUGUAUGUUUUGCUUAGCUGCAGGUGCGCUACCGAGUAUCUGGUGAGGCCUGUUCAAUGGGCGCUGCCUCUUUCAUCUCACACACGCCGCUGAGCAAUCAUGAACAAUGGCUUCCGAGCGUCUGGCACGCCCGUAGUCCGCCCCCCUUCGGAAUGCUCGCCCUUCGUUUCCUCCCUCAGCAUUAAUCCUGUCUCUCUGAUCUGAUUUCUCGUCUCCCAGAACUUUGUUCAUAGCAUUUCUGUGUCGUCUAUACUGGUGCUGACGUUUACGCAGUGAGUAGUGAGCUGCCUCGUGUCCUUUGAGCUUAUCCGGA